GGGAUUUUCUCGAUUCUUUAGCAACUUUAGUGCAGGAUUUGCUCUUGCCCACAGACCUCCAACCACACUUCUUGAGAAAGUCACCUACGUUCAGAAGGCAGACAAAAGACGUCAGAAACUGAAAAAACUUCGUACCGGUUUCAAGCGCUUCCUUGCUUUUAUCUUUUCCCAGAUUGGGCUUUCUCUGUUGGUAGUGGGAUACACUGUCCUAGGCGGCCUCCUAUUUCGAGCCGUCGAACUGGAACACGAGAAAAUGGUCAAAAUCAAAGGAAAAGAGAUGCGAGACGGUUUGGCUGAUAAGUUUUCCUCUGAGAUUCUUCGUCAACUACGUUAUCAGCUCCUAUCGUACGAUACACAGACCAAUCCUUACUACAAAUUUCCAAAGCGCAAACCUCAAACGGCAGAGGAUGAACAAAUCGAGGAGGCGAGUUCAAGAUUGCAGGCCACGAAAUCUGCUGGUACCAUAAGAAAUAGACGGAUUUCUUCUGACAAGUCGCAUCAGCGAGUUCGUCGAUCAUGCCAGCAAGUACAGUUCGCCCGGACUAGACGUUGGUUAUCUCUUAUUGAUUAUACGCUUCGAAGAAAGAUGCGCCAAGAACUUCACAGCAGCUUGCGCAAGUUAGUUAAACUUAUGGAACAAGAAGGAUGGAAUGGUGAGGAUUCGCCGGAUGACCUCAAAUGGUCCUGGGAAGGGUCAAUUUUAUUUGCAGUUACGGUCAUAACAACGAUUGGUAAAUUGAAUUUUAGUGAUAACUUUUGACGGUAAAUUCUAACGUGAUGGUUGCCAGUUGCUUAUAUCAUAGCUAACAGGAUUCCUCCUUUCUCAGAGACCUGAAAGCGAUUUGUUACCAACAAGCGAAUUUGCAUGGAAACAGAUCCCACACGAAUCUUGUUGUUCUAGCAAAUGGAGUAUACAACACAGAAGUUAAUUUCAUUAAAAACUUUCGUGGCAUUAAAAUUAUCGAAUGCACCUGAAGCUUGUUCUAUAUUUUGAAAGCAAACGAUUAGUACUGGUUGAAUCAGCUCAAAGAAACCCCAUAAUAUAGGAACAAUACAUUUAGAUAACCCUUACAUUAUUCGCCAUGCGAAGACUGUCCACCCAUUAGUUUGCGGUGUAAGCUCGUUCCACAGCUCAACUGCUGAACAAAAUUUUAGAAAUCUGCACUAUUCCCAAACUCACGUGGGAAAGCAGAGAGCUCAUGCUUCGAUUACAGGAGAUCGGGCAUAAAAAGUCUUAGUGAUCAAAGAGUCCGCUUUCGAAUGUCAGAUCAUUCAAACCUACGGUAGAUUGUGACUGACUGACGGUUUCUAAUAAGCCACAAAUGACUAUCCGAGCACUUUAUGUUUUUCCGGUAUUUAGUCCUGCAAAAAAAUCAACGCUUACCAUUUUUUAUAUAUAUUUCUGCAGGCAAAUUGGAAAGCAGGUACUGUUUGGACUAAUAGCCUACAAUAAAUGUCAUAAUUUGGACAGAAGGUUGUUAAUUAUUCAAUCUUUGUCUCAGAUGUUGCUGUAACGUUCUUUAUUUUCUCAUCCAUAGAACGAAUAGACAGGGUCUCUGUUUUCCUCGACAAUGCGGUAAAUAGGCAAAUUUCUGAUGAGAAAUGUCGUAAAAUACCAUCAUCAUUUGGGCGUUAACACAACAGUAAAACAGAUAAACCUAUGAACGUCCACAUUUGCGACUAACGAAAUCAACUUUGAGACACGGUGCUGUUUCAUUCUUAAAUACACGAUAAGUUUGAGCGCGGUCUUAUGUUUUAAAAGGGUCGGUGACUCCAAAAUAAGGUCCGCUAGUGGACCGCGUUCAACAGAACACAAGCCACAGGGUCGUAUGAUGUUAUUGGAUGAGAGACAAAAGCGUCCUCUGUUAUCACUUUUAACCUAAUGUAAUCGACAAGACGGCUUCUUGCAUUUGGGAACUAAAGAUUAGCCCAUUGACACGUUGGAAAAUGCAUGCCCAUUAGCAAUGACCGUUUCUCAAAUUAGACCGACUAUUAUAUAUCUGGGUCUUGUUUCAUGCAAGUCCUAAUUCGGACGCCGCGCAGUGCCAAUCCGGCCAGUUGCCCUGCAUUAUAACAAUGACUGCACCGAUCCUGAAGGCAAUUUGUUUUCCAUUCCAUAAUUUCGACAUAAACACAUAAAUUACUGAUAAGUCAAGGCUGAAACUGAGUGAUUUGAACCUUGUAGAGUUCGUCUUUAGCGUCUGUUUAGACUUCGAUGGACAAUUCUAUAUUUGACAGGUUACAAAAUGAUGUCUUUGGUUGAAUAUCUCGAAAACCUAAGGGUUUUGGAAUUCACUCUGAUUUUUUUUUGUAUUUACCAAUAAACGAUUAGCAGAACACAUUUAAAUGGAAAGGCAUGUACCCAAACUACAACACACUUACGUUUAUUAAUUAUGUCGAAUUAAUGAAGAAACAAAAGAAAAUGAGCGUUAUAAUCUGGGAUAAUAAUUUCGAAAGGAAUUAAACAAAUCAUUACGUGCAAUAUCGUUGCCCACCUAUAGAUUCGUAACAGAGGUUUGAGAACAAAUUUGAUCGUCAGCCUUUUGCGUCUUAAAGACAUUUUAAACGGUUGCUUAUAAACAGCGAUUUAACUGGGAUUCGACAGUGGCUCACACAGGGCGGAAACUGAAGUGCCUUAGUAAAAUUACAAAACCACAUAUUAAAGGUGGUAGAAUGCGUUUUUGCGCAUGACUACAUUGGUAGAGUAAUGUAACUGUCGUUCAAAAAGUUGUGGUUUUUCCUCAUUUAUAUCUAACUACUGUCUUCAUUUCUUAAGGAUAUGGUCAUGCUGUGCCAAAAACCAACCUAGGCAAGCUGUUGACAAUCGGCUACGCGUUAAUUGGCAUACCGCUUGUUUUUCUCUACCUGUCGAACAUUGGUGACUACUUGGCGACUCUUUUUCGGACUCUGUAUGCAAGGAUAUGUCGAAAGUGUUGCGAAGGCAACUGUCUGAAAAGCAACCAACUGAAAAAUGCAGACACAUCGUUAGUUAUCUGGAAUGCACAAUCGGCCGAGAUGGAGGACGAAGAACUAUGCGACCAGAACAAUCCCGGCACUCAUUUAAGAUCAAACCUAAGGAUACUAAAACGCAUAGGGACAACGAAAACGAAUCCUGACGAGAAAACAAAAUCGGCCUCCGAGAUGGAUAAUUGCACUACACUCGUUAGGAAUGACAGCAUACACGACGAGAGACAGAACGACUGUGUUACCACGGGAGCUGCUGCUUUGGAGCUUACUUUAAGAAAGGAGGUGACUGAAACUUUUUUAUUUUAAUUUUUUUAUAUCAAAAGUUCCGUUAGGUUCAUAGAUAAUGUUUUGAUAUUUUGAUUUUUAGUAAAGAGCAAUAAAGUUGCAUGUAAAAUUAGGGGAACAAAAGCCCAUUUGCAUGCUUGAAGGCGCACGGAACUUUCCAAGUGGUAAAAUACAAACCUUGAGGACAACAGAGCAAAUUUCAUAUAUAACGUACUUAUAUCCUAUCAUUAACCGGGUAGGACGUCCACUCGAUUUGUCAUUAAAAGCAUUGUCAAUUCACAUGGAGUGAAGUCAUUGCUUAUAAAUACAGAAAAUAUAAAGGCUUAAUUGAUUUCUAGACAACAUUUUUAAUUGCCAAAAAUGGUCGUAGAGAUCGGCUUGAUUUUUUAUUAGAGAAUAAGGGCUGUGGAUUACGUAGGUUGCCUAUGUAUUUUACUGGAAAUUUUAAUAUUGGAAAUAUUUGAUUAUCAAAUAAUUUAUAUCAUUUUAAAAACUUUGGUGUCUCGAAUGAUGUGCGUAUGCAGGACUGCGUCAUACGUUAACUACAUUUCAUCCAUAUAAGGUAAUAUACCACUGAUUUAUGGGCAUAAAAGAAAUAAAACAUCAAACGUGUUCAUGAGCUACUUUCGCUAUUUAACUGGGUAAGAAAAAUAAUCAGCGUCAUUUAAGACUGCGGUCGAUAUUAGGAUUUGCUGAGAUAGCAUAUUAGUCUCCAGAACCCUCGCAUUCAGAUUCAUUUUCAAUGGUGUGAUUGCUCUAUUAUCGCUUUAUCAGUCCACACAAAAUCGAAGAAUGGCCAUACGAUAUUCAGCGGCUUUCACGCUUUAAUAGUGAUAAAAAACAAAUGUUUCUGUUGCCCAUAUAGCUAUUAUUUGCUGUCAUUAGUGCAAAGAUGUGACAUGUGCUGCUUUGUCCAUAUGGCAUAUUUAGGAAGAUUCGAGGAAUUUCUCGGCAUCGUUUUUUUGGAAGACAAGUGAGCGGCUGAACUUUUCAGUAAAUCAUGAAACGUCCAUACAGUCUUGUAUAUGGCUGCGUAAAGAAUAACGGCAAAUAGGAGCGAAUUUGCCGGCAAUUCUGAUUAGGAGGUUUCAUGAUGCACCUAAGUUGAUUAAAAGUCACCCCUAUAAGUAUAUUUAAGUCUCCCGCGGCAACAGAUCGAAUGUGAUCUUGCAAACCGAUAGACAGUGAUCUGAUUUAACGCUCUCCGCUGAGGUGGAUUAAAAUCUGAUCUUUGAUGUGCCCGAGCCCGAAAUCCAGGUAUUGGCGACCACUAAAGUUCAGUAAAUCAGCAACUGUCACUAGCCUCUAGCUCCUUCUUGUGGAUAGCCUAUCCGCAGCCUAUACAGCGCCUUCCAACGGCCUUAAAGCAUAAUAGAUCUAGUAUUUGCUUUCUGCAGUCAGAAAGGCGAAAUGUUAUUCUUAUUUGGCAAUUUACAUAUGAACAUCUUGUUAUCAGCUAUGCAAGAUGGUAUGAUAGCAGAAGACUGCGUUUAAAGAUGCUUGAAGUAAUUAAUCUUAACUAGAAAGGGAAAAAGACGCAAACAGAAUAGACAGCACAAGAUAGAUUUAAAAGAAUAUUGAGUGAUUAUCGCUUUUUACAAAACUAAACGAUCUUUUGACGGGGUUUGAUAUUCAGUAUAUGCUGAAGCCCUCUGCGCUUAAGGAAAUUUGUUUUCCAUUUGCCUGUCCAGUAAUUGUGUCCUUACUAGCAUAUAUGGCUGCUUUGACUCUUUCAAACACUCCAGUACUUUACAAGGUACUUAGUGGGCCUUCAGAGUUCCGUUUCGAGCAGACAUUUCGGGGGCUGUCAGUAGUAAUGAUUUUCACGGCGAGGUGGCCUGUCAAAAUAAGCAGAUCAUAUGAAAUCUGGGCACAGAUAAAUUGGCUUGGUUUGGCUUUUAAAUGUUUCACGCUCUCUUGACUUCUCUGCUUUCAGCACGUGCGUUUAGUUUGCAAAGUGUAUGUUCACCGACAGUCGUGCUAACUGUGGAGUUAACACACAUUUUUCGGACACGACAGACAAGUUGAGCCAGUCUCAGGAACUAACCUCCCUAAAGUGUGAAGAUGCGCAAAAUAUUCAAGUUUCCGUGAUCGUGGGCACUGUCCACUCCACGCAUCAAAGGAUGCAAUGGUGCGUUCGGUGUUUUGGCGGCCUACUGACCCCAAGGUCACCCGUCUAGUCUUACCGUCGGCAAAGGAGAAUCUACGCAGCGCAGAUGACAUUCCAGGUUGUACAGUAGGUGGGCUAACCCACGGAAUGCCGGCCGAACUUUCGAAAUCGCUCUCGUUUCGAAGAGAUUAACUAAGUAGCGUUGUAAAUCUAAUCACCGUCCAGCAUAAAUCUGUAGUGAUCCAGUUAACACAGGGUGUCUUUUUCGAAAGAAGGUAUUUUGGACUUCAUGCAAACACUAUACUCUGCACAAAAUGGCUUCUUUCGUAGAAUGCAAUUUUCUCAUUGAUUUUCGAUACCUUGAAGAGUGUAAUUAUAUUACAUGAAAAAAAUGUAUAAAAAUAUCCAUACUUUUUUGUACUUAGUAUCAAGUUAUGUCCUCUUUCAAGAUCUUUCUCGAAGAAGGAAUAUAAUUCGGUUUCAAAAAAGUUUUUGAUUGUGAGAUUUUUUAAUACCUUGAAAUGGCCCUUCAUAAGACCUCAUGUAUCUGCAUUUGCCAAUUUAGCUUGUAAAGUUAACAAUGUUGCUCAAAUCCGCUGCUUAAUUUUAUGAACCCAAUAUGGUCUCCUCUUAGUCCCAUAGAGAAAUGUAUGCUUUUCCGUACACGAAAAAUAUACGGCUUGUAGUUUUGAAACCCUGAAUGACAGAAGGUCAGGCUCAAAAUUAGGCAGGAAUUAAAAACGUUUUAGAACCGAAUUAUACUGCUUUGUCGAGUAUAAAAUGGAAGAAGACGUGACUUUUUACAGCAUAGGUAAAAAAUCAAUAUUAUUAGGCACCUUUUUUUAAUGAAAUAUAAUUGAAUUUUUAAGGGCAUCGAAAAUCAAUGAGAAAACUGCAUGUUAUGUAAUAAGUCGAUUUUUGCGGAGUAUAGUUCUUUUAUGCAUUCGAACAUAAACUCCUUCAAAUGCCGGCAUCCUGAGGUAACUGGAUCAAUAUAAAAUUAUGCCACAAGACGAUUAGUUUUGCAGACCUAUUUAAUCAAUCUUUUCGGAACGAGAACGCAUUUCGAAAUUUCGGCCGACAUUUCUUGAGUUAGCCCACCUACUGUACUUCCAGUGCUACAACCGAUGCUGUUAUCGAGAAGGCUAUGAAAGAGAAUGAAGGUGGACUGCAUCCUACUGUUACGACUUGCUUUCAAAGUUGAGAAUCAAAAGUCGGAGAAUGUGUAAAUUUUACAUGUGCACAAAAUAACCACUAGCUGCAGGAGAAAUGACACGUACAUGCUGGUAAGUAGUAGUGGCGUUUAUUUAUCAUGGAAACCAUGAUUGCUUUUUUCGCUUUAAGGUUAUGAGAUUUGCUUUUCAUUCAAGUAAGUUUUCCAGGAGUCACAAAACAGAAGUUUGCUUCUCUGUGGAACUCUAGGUAAUAUUACGAUCACUUGUAAACACGAUAAAACGCCUGUGAUUUGCCCAAUGAUCAGAAUUUACUUAGGUACGGGAAAUUGGAUUGAUUCCAAUUUCUGGAUUGAUUUAAUUGUAAGUUUAUGAAAGAAGUAUUCCCAGAUUUUAAAAGUUUUUUUCGGUAGCCGUCAAAGUUGGACUUACUUGCAGUCUCAUCAGCUCGAAGAUAGCGUACUUACAAAGUGCAUGUGCAGCGGCGAAGCGUCGGCCGAAUGGUUAGAACAUACAUUUGGGCAGGAAAUAGUUGCAAAAUUAUUUGUCAUAGUCAAAGUUAAUCAUUGUAAGAGAACUAAUUUAAUCUACGCGCUUUUCUCAUUCAUAUUUAUAGCCGUCUCUCCAAAUGAAUUUAACGAUAAAUAAUAAUUAGAAAGGCAACUUGGCAAACUUGCGAUUUCGGUAAAUCUUCAUCAGGCAAACGAAAAAUAUGCUAAGUUCACAGGGUUCAUAAGUGGCAUAGAGGCUGUUAUCACUCAUCGUUCCGACGCCGCCCACAUGACGAGGUUGGUGUGCUAUGAUCAUUGGACAUGGGGAGUGUCAGGCUUAGUGAUUUUUUAAGUGGGGUAUGUAGAGUACAUAUCCCUGUCAUCAGGGAGUAAUAACCAUCUGUGGCCAGUGUUAGCCACGGAAGGCUGAGUGUCAACGUCUUCUGAAAACAUGGCUCUGGAUUCCCUAGCCGUAUAGGCACGGCCGCGGCUGUAACUAACACCCGUCGACGUAGACCUCUGAAGACGUUUGCUGCUGUGCGGUAGACAACCUGCGAUGCUUCUUUAGAAUCGACUCGGGAAUUUUUAUCGACAAGCUAUGCGUGAAUAGAAUUCGAACUCACUUCUUGUCACCUCUGCCUAGCCAGGCCGGUAUGUGUUCAAAUACUUUCUUUUCCAGGCGCCUCAUUGUAUGGCCAAUAUAUCCUGCACCAAUGGCGCAAGUAAGUGAGUAGAUGCACAUUGACUUGGCUUGCAACGGCAGCCAGUCUUUACUUUCCAACCGUGGGGGGGGGAAGUUUGUGGAACAUACGCAUAAAUUCGCCGCGGCGGAAUGCUCUAGUGCUUGCUGUCUUUGGACGUCAUCUUACUAGGUCGUUUUCUGCGUCACUUUGAAAUCGCAGUCUUGUAAAGGAAUCUUUCUUUGCCGCAGUUGCUGUGGUAUGCCUUGCAGUGCGUCUCACAAUAUUUCGAAGGAUAAAUCUCUCUGGAUAUCUGUCUUUGCGGUGUAUGCUCAGUAACUCUAGGACUUCUACUUUAACAAUCUCAGAAGAACAGAUAUGCCGCACUCUAGCUGCCAAUCCUUGGUCCAACCUGUGUUUAAGAAUAAGGGGAACAAAACUGUGAAAACGAAUGUAUCGUCUCGUGUAGACUUUCUUUCGGAAUAUCUUACGUUGGAUAGAUCCAUCCUCUUGGUUCCGCCGAAGAACAUCAAGAAACGCGAUUUCGGCAUCUGCCUUAAACCAGCAAAGAAACCUGAGAAAGGUUGUGCACUGCUAAGCUUUUGGAUCAGGACGUCAGCCUCGGUGGUAUGAUCCGUCAGGCAGAAAAUUCAUUCACGUACCGACCGUAGAAGGCAAAGUUAUUGGUUGCAUCUUGUGACCUUGUAUUUUCGGUUUUAUACAUAAAAACCUUUGCAAGGAACGGGAUAAGCGGUGGGGCCAUGGACAUGCCGUCCAUUUGCCUGUAUGAUUGGCAAUGGCAGAGAACGUGAGCAUUUGUCCGCAACAUGUCAAUACUUUUUCAAUGUUUUCACUGGCCUAUCUUUCAGCUGCCUCAUAUCGCGAAUAAGAUUAAAGGGGUAGUCUGGUGUUCCCCCACGAGUAUGUUAGUAAUAGUUAUGAUACUUCUAAUGAUAGCUUCCUCCGUCCGUCAACGUUAACAUUCCUGGCAGUCUUGACGCACGCAAAGAAGUUCUUCAGCAGCGGUUUUGGUUUUUCGACCAGUCAUUUUCAAAAGUUUGAUAGAGUAAAUUCCCUAUAUUGAAAAUUGGACGAAUAAGUAGUCCGUGGUUGUAAAUUUUUGGGAAGCCCCACAUUCUGGGUGUCGUCACGCCCACAGAUCUCAAUCACGCAUACUCUUUAUCAUACAAAUGACCUUCUAUGUGGAGAAAUUUGAGAACUGUCGUCAACUCAGCUUCCAUGACCCCGACGCGGCCAAUUUCCAUCUCGAAUUUUGUGAAUUUGGUAAAAUCUGACAGGAUUUCUUAUAGUUUCGGUAUAUUAUCUGCUCUAUCCACAACCUUAAUUCUCAAAACCUUAUCUGGCCUAUUUGGCACAAUAUUUUGUUUUGCGAAGUUCCCCGACGCUUUUGAGAUAGACCCUUGUCAAAGUGCCCUUGGUUUUUGGAGCCUCUUUAAAUAUCGUUGGCCUCAAGUAACCACAGUCGACAGAAGAUAAUCAAUUUGCCUAGGCUAGCUAGUUUUUCCAUCGGCAGUUUGACUAAAGAGACACUGGAAUUGGAUUUGCCAAUAACUGCUCGGCAUCUACUAUGCAUUGCAAAGCUUAAAUAACUUAUUUUCCUUAGGCAUAUCUUAUACUCAUAUGGCUUAAAAAUAAAUUGAAAGCAUAUCGUUUUUGCAUUGUGAACAAAUGGGUGUCUUUUAGUUUGCAAAGUGCGGUUUUGAUCGCAAUGCGUGUUUCCGCGCUUCUACUACUGCCACAUUACAAAAGAUAUAGAUUGCUCUGUUGUAUGAGCAUGACAAAAGUCGAUCUAUCAUGGGUGGUAUUGAAUGCGAGUGCGAGUCAAGAAAUGCGACUGUGGACGGUUAUCGGUUAGUGCUGUUUUCCAUAAACAGGUUCUUGAGUGAUUCUAAUACCCCCGCCGCACUAGAAUCAGCCUUUCUAACAAUCUUAUUAGAGAAUUUCUUCAGACAGUUUAUGACUCACAAAGCAUUUAAAAUUUUAUCACAUCUAUAAAUUAUAUCAUAGAAAAGAUGCGCUUUCGAAAUCAUUCAGGUGUGCUCUUAAUUACAAACACUGCACUUCGGCUUCUUACACCUCUUAAUUCUGGAUUUCAAGACAGUCCUGGGUCAAUAAACUUUGUUCUUUUUAUGUAAUCUGCAACAAGAGCACCUUAUAAACAAAUAAUAUGAACAUUAGGGUGAACUACGGAAUAAUUGGCAUCUACAGUAAAAUGACCUUUAGGUUACGUAUUUCGGAACUGGGCAGAACACUUUCAUAAAGAUGACAGUAUUUUUAGUACUGGAGUUGCCAAGUAAAAUGUCCAAAUGUUGAUACCUCACCAGCAACCUAUCAAGCGAACUUGACAGAGGUUACUGACCUCACGAUGUUUACAAACGUUUCAAGUCACUUCUUAUUACAAAGUAAUGCUAGUGACUACUAACAUUUACUCAACAGUUCCGGUCUAUUUGAAAGUAUUUAUGCAAGUCGAAAGAUCACAAUUAGGAAUUUACAGCCCAUUUAACGAUAUG